AUGCUUUACAAAAGCAUUCUGUCAACACAAUUCUGGGCUACGGCUCUUCUCACAGUGCAGGCAUACCACCUUCAGCAUGACGUACGCCAGGUCGAGCCCUGUGCCCAGGUCGGUGACUGGAUUGCCGAGGCAAAGACCACCAAGGGAAUCCCAGGUGGUUUGGUAUAUGGAUGCUUGACAUCGAUGCCAUUUGAUGCACACAGCGCAGUGGAUUUUGUCGACAAAUAUCGCAAGUAUUUACAGUUCCAGUCAACGAUCGAGACGCUGAAAGGUCCACCUCCAACUUAUCGAAUGCCACCGACCGAUCUACUUGGAGGGUUAGACAGCAUCAGAACUAAGGCCGAGAAUAACGAAUAUGCUAAUCACUGGGGUUUCGAAUUCGACUUGAGACAACUCGUCAAUUCCGCGCACGAUGCUCAUCUGUCACUCCAGCUCUGCUCAACAGUCCUCUUUCGCUUUUCCAAUUCAAUUCCUCUCGUCUCUGUUUCCCCAGAUGGCCUGGAGCUCCCACAAAUAUACACUUUGGACGAUGCGCAACUCCUCAUGGAAGGAGCCCGGUCUGUUUCGCCCGUGGUCUUGAUUGACGGGCAAAAGGCCGCAGAGUACCUUGAACAGUUUACUUCUACGGCUCCUCUGCAUGAUGCGGAUGCUCAAUACAACACUAAUUUCCCCUCGCUCGCCAGCCAGGUCUCCAUCGGCGCGCCUCGGAACAAUGGAUUAUGGUCCCGGAAUGUUGCAGAGAUGUGGACGGGCGACCGGAUCGAUUUGACUUUUGCCAAUGGUUCGACGCUCACGAGUCACAGAACAGCCGAUCUCAUCCGCUCCGAAUUUCCGUUCCGUGACGGCGCGGCUCUGUUAGAUGCUCGCUGCCGGAAAGCCCAGAUUCCCUCGACGACCAGCGCCUCCUCUGACAGCGCUGGGUAUCCCAACACCACCUGGACAAGUUACGGCGGAGGCAUUGCGGGAUACUUUUCCACCGCAGAGGAGCUCCAAGACGUCGGCGUGUUGGCUGUCACCACUUUCUCCGUGUAUCCCUCGACCCUGAAGCAGGUCAGCGUGGAAUUCCUGCGUAAUGCGACCGCUGCUGGCAAGAAGAAGAUCAUUAUUGACCUCUCCGCCAAUCCAGGCGGCUCUCUGACAUCCGGACUGGACUUGUUUCACAUCUUUUUCCCUGAUGUGGUGCCGUAUACUGCGACAAGACUGCGCGCGCACCCCGGGGCAGAGUUCCUGGGCAAAGCGUUUGCGCGUCUGGCGCAGUCGGAUCGCAAGCUAUCCUUGGAGUUGUGGGACGCGAAUCCGUUCUCAUGGCAGUCGGCCGUAACACCGGAUCAGGAGCGAGGAUAUGAAUCACUCGAGGAGUGGUAUGGACCGUAUGACAUCGAGGGGGCUUCUGUCUCUGGCUUGUAUGCCAACUUCAACUACACGACUAUUUCGACGCCAUACUCGCCCAUCACAGGAUAUGGGCCAAUCCCUCUGGAUCCUGCAGAGCGACUCUUCGCUCCGGAGGAUAUUGUCAUGAUCACGGACGGAAACUGCGUCUCGACGUGUGCCUACUUUGUCGAUCGGAUGCAUUGCCAGGGCGUUCGCACGGUCGCAUUCGGCGGACGGCCGCAGUAUGGGCCCAUGCAGGCGAUCGGAGGCACUCGCGGAGCGCAAAACCUCGCCUACGGGGGCAUCUAUUCGUACGUAGACAUCGCGCAUGGACUGGUCCGGGACUCGCUACGGAACGGAUCCAUCGCAUUGAUGACGACGGAGGAGUGGGCGGAGUUCAACCGAUCCCUGCCGGUGCAUUAA